GAUUGGUUCAUUGUCAAGGAGAUGUUUUUACCCAUGAUUCCAUAUGGUGUGGACCGGACUACAUGUUGCCCCACAUGCCACCGCAAAUGUUUUCUCAAUUAGGUGUCUUAUCUCCUGUGAGCUAGCAUCACAUGAAGCCUGCUGACAGCGUAAUGGCAGGGAAAGCUUCCGACGGCUCCAUCAAAUGGCAGCUCUGCUACGACAUCUCGGCCAGAACUUGGUGGAUGGAUGAGUUCCACCCUUUCAUCGAAGCACUUCUACCCCACGUCCGCGCCUUUGCCUACACGUGGUUCAACCUGCAGGCCCGGAAACGAAAAUACUUCAAGAAACACGAGAAGCGCAUGUCCAAGGAGGAGGAGAGGGCCGUGAAGGACGAGCUGCUGAGCGAGAAGCCCGAGGUCAAGCAGAAGUGGGCUUCUCGGCUGCUGGCGAAGCUGCGGAAGGACAUCCGGCCUGAGUACCGGGAGGAUUUUGUGCUCACGGUCACGGGGAAGAAGCCUCCCUGCUGCGUGCUUUCCAACCCGGACCAGAAGGGCAAGAUGCGGAGGAUUGACUGCCUGCGCCAGGCGGACAAAGUCUGGCGGCUGGACCUGGUGAUGGUGAUCUUGUUUAAGGGCAUCCCGCUGGAAAGUACUGAUGGCGAGCGUCUGGUGAAGUCCCCGCAGUGCUCCAAUCCCGGGCUCUGCGUCCAGCCCCACCACAUAGGGGUGUCCGUCAAGGAGCUCGACUUGUACCUGGCCUACUUUGUGCACGCGGCAGAUUCAAGUCAAUCUGAAAGUCCCAGCCAGCCAAGUGAUGCUGACAUUAAGGACCAGCCAGAAAAUGGACAUCUGGGCUUCCAGGACAGCUUUGUCACGUCAGGCGUGUUCAGUGUGACUGAGCUGGUACGAGUGUCACAGACACCCAUAGCUGCAGGAACUGGCCCCAACUUUUCUCUGUCUGAUUUGGAAAGUUCUUCAUACUACAGCAUGAGCCCGGGAGCCAUGAGGAGGUCACUACCCAGCACGUCCUCCACGAGCUCCACAAAGCGCCUCAAAUCCGUGGAGGACGAGAUGGACAGUCCCGGCGAGGAGCCCUUCUACACGAGCCAGGGCCGUUCUCCUGGCAGCGGCAGCCAGUCCAGCGGGUGGCACGAGGUGGAGCCAGGAAUGCCAUCUCCAACCGCGCUGAAGAAGUCGGAGAAGUCAGGGUUCAGCAGCCCGUCCCCUUCACAGACCUCCUCAUUGGGGACAGCGUUCACACAGCACCACCGACCGGUCAUCACGGGCCCCCGAGGGAACAAAAAGGGGCCACACAUGAUUGUUGCUCAUUGGAAUCAGCAGAAAAGAAGGACAAAGCUUGAACUGAACCAAAAUCAAAUGCACCCUAGAAGUGCAUGUGUAUGUGCUUGUGUGUGUGUGUGCGUGUGUGUGUGCAGGCAAUCACCUGUUUUCAAGUCGGAGUUGUUACUCGUUCUAUCCCCCCAACCACAGGAAAGCGGGUUCAGCCUGCAGCCUUGUGCUGGGUGUUGACGAGCAGUCCCCACCCCUCCUCUUGAAGUAGGGGCAGUCGGGCUGGUUUAUAUUGCUGGUUUUCAUUAUUUUUGCCUCAUGUGCUUUUAAGUUUAUUAUUAAAAUAUGUCCACAAGAAAUACGAUUUGUAUUUCACAUUAAAGACAAGGCUUAAACCUCAAGAGAAUGUCAGCAAGUCACUUAAUUUGAUCUCACUGCAAGAUGAAAAUAUUUACUAGUUUGUCUACACACUCCUGCAGCAGGAGCAGGAGUAACUGUGACCCCAUUCAUUUCUCCCCUCCAACCCACCCAGCUAGGUCUUCCAGUCCUGUUAAGGGCCUCUGUCGUUGGCCAGCUGCUGCUUGCACUUCUUGGAGAGUUAAGGUCUCUCAUCUGCCCUGACACAUCUGGGCCAGCGGAGGUUGCCAGCGUCACCUCCCUGUGAGUCCCACAGAUCUGAGCCCCUGUGUGUGUGAUCUGCCUGUGUCACAAGAAGCACGGCUCCCAGGAGAAGAGCACCUUGCCACUGCCACUGCGGUGGCCUCUAGGUCAAAGAGUGAAAUCUCACUGGCUUGCUUUUUAAAUAUCAGUGAUCAGUAAUAACACCUUCCCCAGACACCUUGUGAUUUCAUACACAUUUGGAGCAAGCAGAGAGAUACCGUAAGGAAGCGUGUGUCUGUAUACAGCCUGGAAUGGCUGCAUGCGAUUGGACCUUUUUAAAUGAGGCGGUAUUAUACCCUCACCCUGCAGCACUCACUGCACCUGUGGCCUGGAGCAGGGACCAGAGUCACGGAGACCUUCACUGGGGAGUCCAUCGUGGGAAGAUGAGGCGGGGGAUAUUUCUCAUCUCUAUGUCAGGUUCACACUUUCUCAUGCCAAGUGAGCGUUAAAAGCACAGAUUCCUGCAGGAGCUCAGAAAGAGGUGAGGUGCUCCUUCCGGUCACUCAUUCCAUAGGCUUUGCCAAGUCACCAGGGGACGGUAUAGAGAGAGAUCAAAGGAGACAGGCCCUCAGAAGGUGACAAGAAACAGGCUUGGUCAUUUUAUCAGAGAGGAAAGGCUUGGGUAAUACUGAAGUCAGCUCUUCCUGGCCGCCUCUGCAGAUGAAGCGUGUUCCAGCCACUCUUGCCCUUUGGUCAGCCUGCCGGGUUCCCAUGUGGAAGGAGUCUUUCCUCCCAUCCUCACCUUCUUGCACAGAAAUCAAAAUAAAACAUUCUUUGGAGACUCCUUGAAGAGCAUAAAGCAGAGACAUGUGGCACCACUUAGUAUGUACUGGAAGUGCUUCUUCGGGGCCUUGGCUUCAGGCUACCCCAAAAGCACUGUGACUUUUGAGCAAUACCCCAGCUGUGGGCUUGGGCUGCUCCAUGGGCGGGUGGAGUUUGGGGGCUGCUGUGCCCUGCCAGGCAGCUCCACACAAGAGCACUAGUCUCCUGUCUCACAGCACUGCUGGAGGAGCACGCCUGGUAUGGAACUGGGGACACCCACACAUCACGCUCACCAGAUUCAGGAGUGCUUGCUGUGUCACUUGGUCCUGCACUGUACCUGUUGGGCAGCUCAGCUCAUCCAUGUCCCAUUUGGGCUGAGGACUACAUGUUUCAGGGAGAUUUCAACAAAUUAGAGGCAGGGGAGUCCAUAACACAGCAUCUGUGUGGCCUAAGAUGACAUGUUCUUGGAGGACAGGUCAGCCUCUGACCACUCACCUCAGAGAGUGACAACAAAAUGGAAACCGUAUGCUUCAGGAGCCCAGCUUUACAGGGAAUGUGCAGAAUAACAUGAGCCCCUGGCUGGACCCCAAACAGGAACAAGGGUGGGCGGGUGGCACAGGACAUAUCCACCUUGGUCAGCAUGGUAUGAGAUGUCUGCCUGCACCAAUGCUGUGAACAAAGAGGAGCCCCUUAGCUGUUCCCAUCCUCCAACAAAACCCAGCCGCUUCACCAAGUAAAUGCUGAUCCUGUCUUUGCCUGCAAAAAUGAGCUUGGUUUGGAUGUGUGAAGCUUAGUUUGGAAAAGAAACUUCUUCCUGGAUCCAGUGCACGGUAGGGACAGGCCACUCAAGGGGAUGGCGUGGUAUGACAGUUGCUCAGGCCAGGUAGGCCCUAUCACAGGAUGCCGCAGCCUGAGUGGCAUGCACAUAGGAGGAAUUCACCCCUACAGUUCCAGCAGCUGGUGACAGACUCUUCCAGAUGUGCCCUGGUCCCCAAAAGGGCACCACCCCAGUGGUGUCGCCUUGGGAUAUAGGAUUCAACAUAUGGGUGUCCAGGGAGGGGCUACACAGUCAGUCUGCACAGCAGCCAUGUAACACAGAGGCCCAGACUUGGGUGGAUGGGCAUUUGAAUCCUGUGCCACCACUGGUGUUCAGUAUGUGGCCACCUUUGGAAGGGCGGGGACGGAGCUUCCUGGCCUCUGCCUCAGGAGGGUUGUACGUUGGAAGGAGUGACUGACACCAUGUUUCUGUAACCAUGUGUGCUGUGUCUGGAAAUAGCCUGAGCCAGCCGGCUGAGCAAACCAGUAAGCCGUUUCUGUCCUGGCAUGGAGAUCCCUCACCACCCUGGCCACCUCAGCUGUCUGUGUUUUACCCGUCCAUCCCCAGGCCGAGCCCAGGGCCAAGCAGAAGAGCCCUUGCCUAAAAUGCUGAGACCAGAAGUGGCUGUAGCUUUGCAAUUUUUGCAUCUACACAGUAUUCUAGGAUGUGACCAAAUCUAAACACAAAGUUCAUUUAUGUUUCAUGCACUCAUCACCUGAAGAUCAUUUCCUACCAUAUUUAGUUGCCCUUGUAUUUGGACUGCAACCUGUUGCAUGGGGCCGAUACAGGAAUUUUCCCCUUGUGUGAUGUCCAUGCUCAAAAAAUUGAGGUUUCACAGCCUUCUCAGACUUGGAGUUCUGAGACAAGGGACACUCAGCUUUUGACCAGCAGCUCUGCCUGCUGUGUGCACCAGGUCCUGCCCCAGAGCAGGACCUGGCCAGGGUCUUGUUCUCCUCCUGAAGUGCACAUCUGUUGGCCACCCCGAACUGAAAGCCAGGAAGCCAAGUGCCACUCACAACUGUGCCUGAGCUCUGCCUCACCCAGUGGGGAUUUCAGGGUGGAUGAAGAAAAAGUCACUUUGCAUGUGAAAGCACACAGAAACUGUCUCUGCUCUGCCCACCACCUGUGCCCCAGCAGUUCCGUGGGCUUCAGAAGAGAGCAGCAUGAACGUGUGAACUCUCAGGAAGUCCUCCAGCAGCAGCUGACAUGGCAGGGAGCUGGGGCCCUCAUCUGCAGGAGUGGUACAGGCUAAGAAGGCUUGGACACUGGAGCUAAGGGUCAUCUCCCUACAUGCCGUCCUGCCCAAUUCCCCAUUGACACUGACACAGUGGAGGCACACGGCUGCUUAAAUCCAAUCCCUGUUCUGCUGGUGGCUUUCUUUGCAGCUUGGAGAAAUCAUCUCACCCCAGCCUCAGGCUGACCAUCUGUGGCAUGGGAAUGAUGCUUUGCCGCCUGUCACUGUGUGGCUGGGAUUAAACAAAGGGUUAAACUGUGCUGGAACGUCCUUGAGUGGAGCUGUUAAACAUCAGCCAAGGCGUUUGUAGGAUUAGACUCUCUACACUACAAGACUUUCAGCAUCAAGUAAAAUCAUAACCAUCCGCAAGUGCUUAAUCAUGCCAGUUUAUCUUAGUGAUGGUAAACCAGGGAAAGUCUUGUUCUUUUACUUGUGUUUUGGGAGAGUUGUACAUUUGCCCAAUGACCUAAGGGUCCUUUUUUUGAGAAUUAUCUGAUGUAACCAUCAGUGCUGUUUCUUGAAGUUUAUUUUUCUUCCUAAAGUUUUUUUUGAAAAACGAGUUAGUGAAUGAUACUCAUUUUAUUUAAAUAGUUCACAACCAGUCCAGGGGCUCCAUGCUGGAGAUGCAAAAUGGGGAGAGGAGGGCACAGAGACAGGGCAGCUCUGGGGUCUCCUAGUGCAGCGGUCAGCACUGAGCACGCUUAUGUUCACCAUCACUGUCUAGUCCAGCAUAUGUGAUUCAAGGCUGCUAUGGAAGCAGCAGAAGCCAGCGAGUGUGGACACUGACACUGGUUUCAUAGGACUUGUCCUCCAAGGCCUGUAUACAGUGCUGAGUCCCCUGUGGGAAGGGUUGGGUGGGAAAGGAGAUGAGUCCUGGUCCCUCUCAUAGAAGGGUCAGAUCCUGGGGAGUGUGCUGUUGACCUUGAAGGCCUCUGGCGUCCUUCCCACAGACCUACCUCCUCUGCACAUGGCUGGGCAGUGACCCAGCCAAGGGGACACCACUGUGCCUUCUGGACCCUCCAGCACCAGCGUCUGGACCCAGACAGAUGUCUCUGUUUUGUAACACACCGGCCUCAGGCUUUUCUCACAGCAGUGCAGCAUGGACGGGGACGGCCAUGCUGCUGGGGAUUGUGUGUCACGAUGUGGGCCUCACACUCCACAAUGGCAGCAAAGCAAGCGUGACAGGGAGGACACACCCAGUUCAUCCCAUCACCGGCAUAAACCACAGGGCAACCUAGUCAGCACAAAGCCAGCCUGCCCCACCCAGCGGUAAGACAGGAAGACAGUAUAGAUUUUGUGUUCCAAGCGGAGAGCUUCGAGAACUUGGCACCAGGGCAGACGUGGUCGGUGAGCAGUUCCGUGCAGCCCUCAUGUUCUGAGGAUGAGGGCUAAGGAAGCCAAAGACAAGAGCAGGAAGCAGGGCUCCAGCUCAGUGCUUUUCUUCUCUUUCUGUGGUUCCUCCCAUUUGCCAUUCAUCGGGAGAAAUAAACCACACUUAUUCAAGUAAUUAGUCUAUACACUCUUUAUUAGGCAGAGACAUAGCUUGUUCAUGUUGAUCUUCUGAUAAUCAUGGCAUAGCUUGCAUUAUCUCACUGUGCUUUUCACAGCAGCCGUAAACAAAUCACUUUGCUUUUUCAUGAGCCCAUGGUUCCUUCUACCAGCAAAUUCGAUGCUUCUGUGAGCUGCAGGUCCCGUUGAAAAGCUUUCGAGCUUGACUUUUUCCAAUACUGAAAUGAAGUGGCAGCUUCCUGUUGCCAUCUGGGGUCUAGGGCCCUCCCCGUGUGUGUCAAGAGCUUGCAGCAUGCAAGUGCUCUUCCCAUGCUAGAUAGUGGGGAGAGGAGCGUAGCUACCCUCAUGGCCACUCUCCUUUGUCUCCAUCUUGUCUGAGGAGAGGACAGGAAGCCAGCAGCUGCGCCCAGGUAAGCAGCUCUAACCUGAAUCUGAGACUCUAAGACAGAAACCUCUGAAAGGUGUUGGAGCUCAGGCUCUGACUCUCAGUUAGGGAUGGUCAGUACGUAGUCUGUGCAAGUGUUCAAGGAUCCAAAAUCACAAGCCCUUCUGAUUCUAGGUGUUUCAGGGAAACUAACACCCAUCAGCUACACUGAAACAAUGGUGAUCCCACCCAGGAUUUACCUCUGGCUUUGAGCUCUUGUGGUCCUGUCUGAAGAGGCAGUGCUGCUGUCUGACCACGAAAUGUCAUGGGGCCUAAGGUUUAUAGUAUCUCCUGUUGGGCCAAGAAAAAUACUCCUUGGAGAAUUAUGAGCAUUAAGAUCCCUUUCCAGGAAAUUGAGUCACCAGGAAGGGUCAGGGAAUGUGGAUUCUUGAUAUGCAAGAGUAACAAGACACAGGAAGGAGAGGAGAGAUAGGACGGUGGCAUGGUGACCCCAGGCGGUAGGGACCAUGUUAUGACCACGGCUUGCCCCAGUCCCUCAGCCUCCCACCACACGGGAGGAAAGCACUUGGUGAACACAUAUUUGCUGAAGAAAUGCGUGGAUCUGAUGGAAACAGUGGCCUAGGAGUCACCAUGAGUCCUUCCCAGCCCCGCCCCCGCACCACAAUUAAAAAGACAUUAAAGCCUUCUGUGCCUGGAUCAGCUGCCCUGGGGAGGAGCCUGGCAUGAUAAGUGAUCGGGGUUGUUUGUGUGGUUUUAAUAAGAGUUUCCACCUUGAUGGGUAUCAAGAGAAUGAGCUUGAAAUUACUGGGACCCUGCUUUAUGGACUGUUGUGGAAGCAUCCUGAGGGUUCUGUCCAGAGCAAGAGUCCUGCGGGAGGAUUGUGCAGCCCCAUGCUGUGGGCUUUGCGGCUUCCUCUUGUCAUCUCCGCAGCUCUCUAGCUGCUUAGGAAAGCUUUUAACUGAGUUGUGGAACAUGCUGGUGCUCAGCUGGAUCUAAUUUGUCUCUCCUGGUUUAUGCAUUUGUAUCAAGAAAAUGGGAAACAUUUAAGUACCUGUUGCUGAUGAGGCCCUGGGAUAACCUGCCAGCAGCCGGCAAGGUGUCCGCUGUCACUAGAAGACAUCACCCCAGGAGACGCUGCCAGUGUGCUCCCUGAGGCAUCCCUUGAAGCAUGCAGGCCUCAGAGAGGCCUGGAGCAACUGAGAGAAAAGGGCCAGGGACGCGGCCGAACAGUAUGGCUCAGGCGGCUUAAUGGGCAGCACCAGCCUGGGACUGGAAGGAACUGGACGGUAAAGAGGAAAUGCAGCUUUUAGCAAAGGCUCUUUAAGUCCCAGCUCAGGAAAUUAUUAAAUUCAUUAGCCAGAUACUUAACAGCCAGCUAUUACUGCCCAGUCAAAGGAAAGAACAGUACAAGCAAAUGUUUUAAAACUACAACUAAACAAAAGUCAGGAAGCGUGUAAUUAAAACUGUACCUUUAUUGUAUUGUAAAGGGCUUCCUUGUGACAUGGAAAAUAUUUUAAGGAAGAGGCCGCCAGGCUUGUUCGUCUGCAGCCUGCCUCAGGGAGCAUUGCCCUAAAUUGCCUGUGUGGCCUCCCCAAGUGACCAGAAGGGCCUCACAGCCUCGCGGUGCUAUGCAGUUGCUCCCUGGUUACCAGAUAGACCCCUGACAGGGUGUUCCUGACAGCCAUCAUCCACAGCCACGCAGAUGUGUGACAUGCCUGCCAGCUCCAUCACCAUCCCCACAGCACCCUAGGGAGAGCUCCUGUGUCGUGGAGCCUGGUGAGCGUUUGAGGCUAGGCAGUGGGAGGUGACCCAGCUCUGGGCACCAGUGGGCACAGGCCUGGCCCUGAGGACCUGCACUUGACCCAUUCCUACUGAGGACACCUCCUCCCUCAAGGAACCCCGCCUCUGUGUCACUUUCUGGAUGCAUGGCCAUAGACUACACUGUACACAUGUGCGUGCACACACACAUACCUGCUACUUCAGCUGACACAUGGCGUGAGCAUCCGGUGCAGUGUCUGUACUUCCAUGGUGGACAGUCACAGUGACCUAAAGGAUGGCACAGGCCCGUGGAGACUGAGUGUGACUUCAGGAGGUACAAGUCCGUGUGGUGCAAACUGCUGCCCAGUCGCCCCCUGCGGCCACCUGGCUUCAAUGUUCACGCAGCUGUAGGAUCUGUCCUUUGUGGUUUACAUUAAACCAGAAAUGACCCCACCUACAGAACAUGCAGCACACUCACAUCGCUAGGCCCCCCCAAAACAUUUGGAAAGGAAAUGAGCUAUUUGGCCUCUGAGAAAUUGUUUAAAUGGAGCAGAAGAGUGUGCAUGAGACAGCAGGGUCAGCCACUCAUGGCUGCCGUGAGUCCUUUGUCCUCUGCCAGCCUCAGUUUCCCCCUGCCUGACACAGAGCAUAUUCUUGCCCCAUAAUUGAUAUACAAGAAAUGCCCACUGUGCUCCCUCUCACUCACUCACCUGCCCCAGUGCUUUGGUGUCCCCGUGAGUGGCUCGCUGGCCUCUUCCCUCCCUCUGGCCUUUCCUGACAGAGAAGCACAGUACCUUUCUCCUAUCCAUGCCUGGCCACCAUGGUGACAGCUGCUUCUAUUGCUGGAGAAUGGCACAGAGCUGAGCUGGGAGUCUGGGGCUUUGGAGAAGACUCAAGAGCAGUGUUCAUGACCCUUCCCCCUGCCACGCUCUAGAUGGAUGUCCUCCCUCCUGCAGAGCAGACAUUAUCAGUGUGGGGAAGAGCUGGGACAGCCAGUACAGGCCUGGGGAGCAUCUGUAGGGAGCCAAAGGUGCCUUCUGUGGACACAUUGUGUGCUUCAGAAUCAGGACAGAGCUCUACAUCCCUGGGCACGGUAACUAGAGUCACAGUGCUGCACCACGGGUAGUGGAAAGGAGAUGUAUACAUGAGGACCCUCAAGUGAGAAGACCAAGCUUGAGCACCCUGAACACCUGGACAAGGUGGACAACAGCAGGCUUGGCAGAGCCUGUCCUCCCUGCACGGGCUUACUCUCUAGGACCCUGGAGAAGGUAGGGUUCUGGCCUCACUCCCCCCAGAGAAGGGCUAGCCCAGCAGAAGUAUACUCCAGGGCACUCACAGCUGGCUGGCCAUUUGGCUCACUUUUUAAACAGCCCUCAUGUUUAAGUGGCCAGGGGGUCUCGCUGGCGCAGUUCGGGUUACCGCUUACCAGGGGCCAGGCUGGGGUUGUGAGGUCCACCCCAGUUCAGUGCUGAUGGAGAAAGAGGUCCCUGGGGACUUAAGAGCUCAGUUUCUGAAAAGGCGAGAGAUUCCAGGUGGGCAGAAUGCACAGCUGCCCGCCGAGUGGUGGCAGACCCACCACUCCAAACCCAUGCACUGUUGUCUGUGCUUCUGGCCAGGACUCGUUCCUGCUGCCUGUGUUUUCAGAGUACAGCAAGACCAGGCUUUGGUGGUGACCACUAGUUUAGGCCACCUCCCUGGAGAAGCAAGGAAGCAGUCACCUCUCCACUGCCUGGUGCUGCUACCCUGCCCUGUGUGAGGCUGCUUGCUUUUCUUGUAUCUUCAUGUAUUCUUGGAACAACCAGAAGACACUAAAUAACUCAGUGUCCACCAUGCUGCUUAGCACACAGAAAGUUCUCAACAUGUUUCUGGUAGAAGGAGCCUCUCUGUCCACUAAUUCAAACCUCCAGGGUCUCUUACACCAGAUCCCUCAGCCUCAAUGUCCAGCUAAGGCAGUGCAGGCCCAGAAAGGCUGAGCUGCUCUUCACCAUGUGGCCUUGUUUUCACUGCCAGGCUUUUGUCUGCUGUUCUUUGCUCUUUCUUAUUAAGACCUGCAAUCAGCAUAGGUUCAGCCCAGUCCACUGUCUGGCAGGCAGGGCAUCCACCAAGCCUGCUUCUGAGGCCCUCUCAAGCGGCACUGUGCCUGGCCUCCUGCAGGGUCACUAAGUGUUCCCUGCCUGUCCCAUUAACAUCUGAACCUUCAGUCUUGUGAUCAGGUUUUCUCUCAAGUAAUCGCUUAGGCUUGUCUUUCAUCCCAUCUACCUGCUCUUCUGACUCAGCAUCACCUGAAUAUUCUUAGAAGCUGUUUCCUUCAUGGAAUGCAGUCCUGUCCACUGUGCCUGCUAGUGGUGGCACUUGGUUUCUGCAUUGAUCACAGCUGGUAGGUGGCAUUGUACAUGACAACUCCACAGUGAAUUCAUGGAUUUGCCCAGUUCAGAGCAUGCUGUCUGGACCACAGCUGAGUUCGUGUCUUGUGAACUCUGGACUCUUACACUCCAGCUUGUUAAGAGUGAAAAUUCUACAGCCUUCCCAAAGUCAAAACAUGUUAAAGCCGAAUCAGAUAUGCCUAUAACUUAAUACCCUGGGACCAUCGUAAGGUGAAUUCUUUUACGGGCACCUGUGCCCUGUUUCAGAUCUCUUAGAUUUUAGUGUUCUUCUGUGGAUCCAUGGAAAUGAGCUAUUUGUAAGUGUAACCCCAGAGACUGAAUUCCAUAUGCCCACUAGACCUUAAAACCAAGUGAGCCUCAAUGACAGUUUAUCCAAACUAUUUUGAGACUAGAGAAGCAGAGAAUUUGCCUGCAUUUAUCAGCCAGGUUGUGAGAGAGACUAAAUUAAAAUGUGGGUUCUUCUGAAAGACACUGGUUUUGGUCUCCCCUAGAAGACCUGGUAAUUCAGAUGGAAUAGAGUCAUCCAGCCACCCACCCUGAGCACCUUGUGUGCGAACAGUGACAUAAAAUCAGUGUUUUGCGAGGCACCACCCAGCAUCAUCUCAGUUGACGUUUCCAGGUUCUCCCACACAUAUCUCAGCGAUGUUAAAGAUAAGAGGUACUCAUUUUAGAAAGCUUGCCCAAGUUGAAGCUUUGUUCUUUAAAAAAAAAAAAAAAACCCACCUCCCCAAAGCUUGAAAAUUGCCAACUCCUCUGUCCUCAAGUCUCUGUUAAAAUAAAUCCUGUAACUCCAAACUUCUCAGCUUUCAUAAAUGGCAGGCUGAUUCAUGCAUGAUUUAUAAAUUAUAGCUAUGGACCAUUAAGAUAGACCUGUCAGCUUUAGGUCGGCUAUAAUGGCUUUCUAUCAUGUGGUUUUGAAUUUCUGAACAAGCGGAGUACACAGUAGUUGACAACCCAAACAAUCCGAGUUCCAUUUGCCCUUCUAGAAGGCUUCUUUUUUUAAGUGGGUUUUUCUUCUGGCAGUCUCCUGGAGCUGUGCUCACUUGAAGGUCUUCACUCACUAGGAAUAUGCAUAUUGGGAAUGCUUCCUGCCGCCCUCGGCCAGAUGGCAAAGUCUGCAAGAGUGGCUCCUUUUCUAAGUGGUGAUAAGAAAACCGACCAGAAGCUCACUGCCACCCAGACUCAGGAUGGUGACCACAGGAUGUCCUCUCACAUGCAGGAAGAAACCCAUGUCUGGCACUGUCUUUGUUCACGCCGCACCUGGAGGGGGUCAAUUUUACCUCGCCUUGCCUCUUGGCGGCUUCUCUGUGGCACCUCCCAUAGAGGAGUCUGGUGCCAGAAAGCAAAGCUAACGUGAAAAGAAUCCCAGUCCUCUGUCCAGUCUGUGAGAAUCUGCCACGGUUCAUGGUCAAGGAAUAAAGCAAUUAGGCAGUGUCAGGGAUGCAGAGAACACAUUUCUACCCAUGAAAUUUUGGUUUGAGGAAAAAAUGUAGGAGGGUCCAUAGAAUUCUUAGAGGCUGAGCUUGAGGAAAACCUCUGGAAAUGGUAAGAAGAGGUUGCUUUCUUCUGUUUCUUUCCUAAAACUUCACAAGGUACCACCCAUCCAGUCACCUCCCAGGUGCCACCACCUCUUGUGUGGCAUCUUCUCACCCCACUGUGUCACAUGCACCAGUCCUGAGCAAGCGCUACUAAGACACGUGUGCACAUGACAAUCAGAGCCUCUGCGGAUCCCACACAGCCCUGCAGAGUGCCUGAGCCUUCUGCUCCCACUCCACCUCCCAGGCUGCCUUGGAAAGGAAGAAGAGGCAGUCUGAAGCUUAACGUAUAUAUGUAUUCAGUUGUGUUGAAUGUUUAGCUUUUUCUCCAUUUUAAAGAAUUGAGGCAUGGGAGAAAUUAAGCAAACCAACCUGUGUGACCUGCAUUUUUUCCCUGUGUAAUUUUACUCUCAGUAAUAGGAUCACUUGGCAACAAAUAACCACGCCCAAACCAACUGAAAGGUUCUGGUUCUCCACUGUCUCGCUGUGGUGGCUCUGUUUGGGAAGUGUAAGCAGCUCCAGCCAGAGAAACUAGUCAUGUUUCCUUCUAGCCUAUUCUUUUUUGGAUGCCUUGUGGAAAGCCCAGGCAGUUGCUCUAAACCAAUUUGGCUGCUAAUUAAAGGUUAAACUAGUGGUGAGAGCCUCCCGGAGUGCCUGUGUCUGAUUCUAUGCUCCUGGCCCAGGAUCUCAGGGUAUUAGACCCCAGAAGCAGCCAAUUUCGCAGUCUUUUAAUACACAAAAUUGUAUUACCAUCAACAUGGGUACAGAUGGGUGCACUGCAAUAAACUAAUCACUUGAGGAAAGCCUUUGUUGACUCUCAAGUAAAUAAUGCACAUUUUAAAGGAUGUAAAUACGCAUUUACACAAUAUACUAUAAUUUUUAUUGUGUCAACUACUAGAACACAUACAUCCUUAGGAAGUGUUCUUCUUCGUCUCAAACUGGACGCCUACCAUUCUUGGCAUCUUCGUUAGCAUCAUACCAUGCACACAUCGGCAGCUCCUCUCCUGCAAGGCCUAGUGUGGCCGUCUCAAAGGAUGUACCAUGAAUUCACUGUCUGAUCUGACCCGGUGACUCUUUCUAAAAUGAAGCCAAGAUAAGGAGAGAAAACAAGGAAUGCAGAAGAAAGAAGAAAAAGUGAGGCUGACGAAUGCUUAGCGCUGAGCCUCUAGAAGAGGAGACGACUUCCUGUGGAGAAGCGGCAGGUGUUUAUAAAAGUGAACAAAAUCUUCCACGUCGGGAGACUUACUCCUUCCACUAAGGAGGGGAAAGCCCAGGACCUUGGAGAUCUGCACCCUGCUUUGCAGUGAGCUGAUGACUGAAUGGUGUCCCCAGCUCGGCAGAGGUGUGGAGUGUGGCCCUGAUGCACGCUUGGCACUCUCCAACUGGAAGCCACAGGCUGGGCAACUUCCUGGCCUAACUGAGGAGUAACUGAUCCUAAUAAAUCAGCCAUCACAGAACUAAUUCCAUGUAGCACCAUAUAGUCUAGGUUUUGUGUUAACUUCAUACAGUAAGGAAAAGGUGAAUAAAUCAUUUUAGUGAAAUAUAAGGAAACUAAAUUUAAUUGGCUGACAAUUUUCCAUACAUGUUUAAGUAAAUAGGGAUAGGUAUGGUUCUUAACAAUCAGUGGAGAGAUGCACAUGAUUUCCUCUGUCACCAUGUUUUAGCCUUACCUGUCCAGCUAGCUGUCGCUGAAGUAGACUCUUCCUUGGGCAGCACUGGCUUUGGCCUCCAGGAUUUCUUAAUCUGACAUUUGCCAUUCACUUCCUGCUAGCGCCUGAGGCAGUUCCCUUCUGCCUCUGUAUCAUCAAAGUCAUCCUCUCGGGGUGCUGUGUGUGUGUGAGAGAGUCUGCGUGUGUGUGAGUGUGUGUAUGAAUGUGUGUGUGAGACCUGUGAUGGAAUCUUGCUGAGUCAAGUUGCAAAGCUAGGCUCAAGCUUGUGACCCCCACCCCUGUCUGAGCCUCCAGAGAACUGGGUACAGGCGUGCACCCCAGGCCACUUCUCAGGGCCUCUUCACUGUGCCCUACCAUCUUUGUGCCUGACACGCCGCAGAGGCUGAGUGUAUUGUCCCGCUAAGCUCUGUCCAUGGCAGCCUGGUGGAGAAACACCAGCUUCCGCUCUUCCUAGAGUCAUGUAGUCAGAUGCCGGGCUUGAGGGAAGAGCUUCUUCCUUCCAGUCAGGAUGACUUCACUGUGGUCCAUGAAGAAAUCCUGUGGUUCUUGUAAGCCAGCAGCACAGUUUCCAAGGUGAGAGCUAGCCAGAGCCACUCAGCUUUUGUGUUUGAAUCAGACACCAUGAUGGAUUCCAGCAGGAAGUCUGGAUUCUACAAGCUGCUUGGCUCUUUUUACCUGGUGAAGAAGUGGAGUUUUUUUUUUAACACCAAGUACAUUUAUUAGAAAAGAAGAAAGUUAUGAAAUAUCCUCAUAUUUUUCCUUAAGAAAUUAAAAAUACAAGAUAAUAAAACCAAAAAUGAAUAGAAAAAAUAAUAAAUAUCAGAAAACACAAUCCCUUAUCAAACUGUCAACAUCAUUUUUCACAAAGAUUAACAUUUUGAUUCUCAUGUUUCUGUAGAAAUAGAAAAGACUCAAAAUAGUUUAAACAGCUUUGAUAAAGGGACAGAAUUAGAGUUCCAGCCCCCCCAACCCCACGACUUACCACAGAGUUACACCAGUCAUGGUAAACAGCAUCAAUAUCAAGACUGACAAACCACCAAGGUGGUAUGAAGGUAUGAAGCCCCAAGAGUUUUGCUCUUAUCAAUUAUUAUUUGCACAGUGAAAGAAUAUUUGUGAAGUGCUGGACUUGGUGCCGAGGAUUCAGCAGGAAGAAAGGAAGAACAGAAUAGCUGUGUGCUGAGAAGGGGAGCCUGGAGAAGUUGAGGUUUAUGGGAACCAUGCUGAGGAUCCUGGCCUUAGGUCAUGUCCAGGGCCCCUUCUCUGUGUGGUUCGGGCUUCACCAUGAUGAACUGAACUCCGCGAAUGUGAAGUUUCCAUCGCCCCAUUGGCAAGGCGUGGACUGGACUCAGAGCUGCUCUCCAAACCCCGUUCUCUCUCUAAAAGCUCUGCCCGCUGCUGCAGGCUGUGCCGUCCUAACCGUGCUCCUCCUCCCUUAGCUCCCACAGGACACCAUGAGCUGCUGCCAGCCAGGCCACGCCCACAGGGUGCAGCACCCCUUUUUCUCGAAAGCACUGGUGUAUUCCUGUGUUCUCUUUGCAGGGACUCCUUCAGUUCACACAUUGAAACUGUAGGAAGUGCAGAAAAGAUUCAUAAGCUCACCCCCUCACUUGGCGCACUCUCCUCUUCGAUGACAAGUGACGAUGGCUGCGUGGCUUGACUUACCUGGAAGAUCUUCACUGCUUGACUGUGCUGUCCCUCCUCCAGCCCCUGCAUCAGUUGUCCUUCCAGUUGGAGGGCAGAAGUUCUCAGAAAGACUGCCAAGCAUCUCACUUCAGUUUCAUACAAAUGUGCAAAUGUACAAGGCCUAAGUGGAAGGAAGCCAUAGGUGUCUGAGUUUUUACCAGUUUUUAGUUUUUAUGGGCUGAGGGCCCACAUUUUAGCAGGGGUCACCUCUACUUGGCCUGUGGGUUCCCCUGCUCUGAAUUUUCUGUAUUGG